UGGCGCACUAUGCAAAGAGUCGACGCCUGAUAAAGAUCGAAAAGUUCUGUCAUUGUCGGGUCAUCCUCCUGGACCCAACGGACCCUCGGUGCGGGUACUGUCCCAACAACUACCGGACCAUCGAGGUCAACUUUGAUGAGCACAAGGGACACUACCUGGGCUUCACAAAUUUGCUAAACCAGUGCGCAACCUCAAAAAUCUACACGGCACGACUGGCAGCCACCGUAUUCAAACGGCUCAGUGGAAUCGAGGUGGAGAUG